AUGCGCGAGGGCACCGAGGCAUAUAUGGAGAUCAUGCAGUUCCUCCGCGAGAUCAUGCGAACCCGCGAGGAGCAAAUCGAUUUCCUUCUGGACUUUGUCUCACUCGGUCUCACCGGCGCCAAGAACGGUGAGAUGGUCGUCUUCAUGAUCGGUAACGGCUCAAACGGAAAGAGUGUAUUGCUCAGCCUGAUCGAGAACACCCUCGGUGCCGAGCUCUGCGGUCGCUUCGAUGGAGCAUAUCUGUGCCAUACCUCUAGCGUCAUCUACUCACCCGAAGCACCCACCCCAACCCUCAUGAAGCUGGCCAGGGCCCGCUUUGCGAUCGCAUCAGAGACCCGCAAAGGCCGCGCCGGCGAUGUGGUCCUCGACGAUGUCGCCCUGAAGAAGAUCUGCAGCGAGGAGAAGCUAUAUAUCCGUGGCAUGUGCAAAGAAGGCACCGAGAUCACACCAUGCUGGAAGGUGCUGGUCGCUUCCAACCACUACCCAACCCUGGCUCCAGAGGCUAUCUUCGACCGCGGCACCACCCGCAGAAUCGUCAUUCUCGAUCUACCCAUCUCGUUUGUCCAGCGGCCCGAUCGUCCUCUCGAGCAUCACGAGAGCUUACGCGACGAGACGCUCAAGAACAAGCUCAAUACGAAGCGAUGGCGCUAUGCGUUCCUGGGAAUCCUCAUCCGCCGCUUCGCCAGCGCAUCCGAUAGAACUCGCCCACUCGACUCUGAAACUCGCAUUCAUCCCAAGAUCCUGGCGUUCACCCGACGCAAGAUUGCUGACCCGGACUAUGUGGGCGAGUAUAUCGAGUCGGUCUACAUCCGUUACGAUCGCGAACGCCAGAAGGAUAUGUACUAUGCCACCGACAACCGCAUCGACACACACGAUUUCUACCAUCGUUUCAUGUCCUGGAUGGUGGACGUGAAGGGCAUCGCUGAUACCGCGUCUUCCUGGAGCACCGCUCAAAGGUAG